AUGUUAGAACUUGCUUCACAAAUUGUCUCAAUAACCAAGAAAAUAAAUUUUGCCCCUCUCCUGAUUUUACAAGUGGGAAUUGCUGCUUAUAAAAUGAAUCUUGUGCAAUAAAUUAUCUAUGCUCAAAUUUAGCCUCAAAUGCAAGCAGCUAAAGAUAUUUUACUUGCCCAAUAAAUACAUGAUGCGGAAAUGCUGUUUAAGCUGAACGAUCAGAUCAUCUUGAGAUUUAGCAGACUUACGGGUGCAAAUGUAUUUUUAUACAGUGGGGGAUUCGGGUUCGAUACAUCAUAGACUUAAACUAGGUUAGUUCUGGGGAAGAAUUACUCUAUCCCAGCUGAUUAAAGAAUGUAUGUUGUGAUUGUUCCUCAAACAGGAGUAAACGCUGAUUUUACUUUGAUAUCAAGCUUGAAUAUUUCUCAGAUUCAAUACAAUAAUUCUGUUAGUGAUGCUUCUACCUCAAAUAACAUUACAGCAAUUUCAAAGAUUACUUCAUCAAAUGAGAUAACCAUAAGUAUACUGGUAAUCAUUAUAGUUGGUAGUGUAAUAGGCUGUUUUAUUUUUGCUGCUAUCAUUGUUAUCAGUGUUUAUAGAUACAAAAGAAAGAAUUUAAUCCUUUCUAACAAAUUGUCAAGUGAAGAGGUGUAAAAUCAAAAUUAUUUUCAAAGAAAAAAGACUAAACUAGAGUUUGAAGUUUAUCAUUAGACUAAUCCUAAUUUAAACAAUGGGAACAUUCUAGAUGAUAUAUAAAAUUCUACCCCCAGAAGAUUGAAUUCUGAGAUAGAGAGAACUAUAAAAGAGGAGUAGAAGGCAGGAACCAAAAAUAUCAGGCAAGAAAAUGUUUUACAAAAUAUGAAAAAGAAAUAAAAGCAAAAAACUUAUAAUAAACUAAGCAGCAGAGGUUCAUAAGACUCUGAUAGUCUUUAAUCUGAAAGUUCUUUAGCAUUAAAACGUGGGUAGAGUGAUAUUAAUAACCUUAAAAGCAAAAAGCAAGUUAGAUUAAAUUAAGUAUAACCAUACUAGUAAUAAAGUGCAAAUGAAUUUCAUAACGAUCUAUUGCAAAAUAAUGGCGCUAGUGAAGGAAAGAGAUUAGACAAAGUUAAAAAUGAUUCCAAUAAGGGAAGUUAAAAGAAAACAAACAAAAAUAUGAUGCUUCCACCAUUAAGACCAAGGUAAAAUCAGAUCAUACCUUCCCUCUAAGCUGAUUAUCAACCUGAUUUUGGGGUAUAAGAUGAUGAAUUAAAUCAAGUAGGAAGAGGAAAUAAAUCAAAAAAGAAGGUCAAAAUAAGUUAGGUGACUGCCUAUACCUUCAUUACUAGCUCAUUAACAUGCAGAACAUCAUGCCUUGAUCAAUCUAAGAUAUUUUGUCCGACAAUAGACAAGAAAGGUGGGUAUUGCUGUGAUUUAGGAGAAAAGUGUCCAAAUCCCUUUGGUUUCUGUUCAAAUAACAUGUAGGGAAUUCCAGCAAUGCAAUAAUUUUUAUGCCCAUUUGAGACAUUUUGCGGUCCUACUACUUACAUUAUAGAUUCAACAACUACCUAACAAACUUUAUCAGUGAAUAACAGAUUAUUUGUUAAUAAAGCAGGCUGCUAAUAUAUUUUCUAGCCUCCAUCUAAUGCAUUGACUGGAGAUUAUAUAUAAGUUAGAUUAGAAUAGUUGGUAAAUGCCUAAGUACUAAUAAAUCAAAGCCAAAACUUAACUAGUUUCGGCACUUAGUAUCUUUUAUCAAUAGGAAACUGGGUUAGUAUAUACCUUCCAAAUAAAAUCUAUAUGACUGCAUCUGGAACUAGCACUGUUGCAGGGUAGUUCGCACUUAGUUACUAAUUUGUAAAAAAAGGGACAUUAAACAAUGGAACUAAUGCCACAAGUUUAUAGUUUAGCAGUAGUUCAGGUUAAUCUAAUGAUAAUACUUUACUAUUUAUUUUCAUCGCUGUUGGUUUGAUUGCCAUACUCAUAAUUGUAGUGAUAGUUUUGAUAUAUGUAUUUAGAAGAGUAAAAAAUAAAAAAGUCACACCUAAUCUAGUAAUUGAGGAGCUAAAAUAGCUUUAAGAGAAAGAUACGGAAAACAAGGAUAAUUUAGAUUAAGAUUAAGGUCCAGACUUGGAAGAGGCUUAAAUGCUUGAUGAGUAUUAUAACAGAACAAUAAACAUAACUAACACAAAUAAAAAUGAAACUCCAAAAUAACUAAAAAAACAAUUUUUCCAAAGUGAUAUCGAGGAUAAUGUGAAUAACAACAUAAAUGAUACCCUUUCUAAGAAUAAACCACCUAAAAAUAAGUUGAGUUACAAAUCAGACAAAGAAAGUACUACUGUUGGACCUGGCUCUAGAAUAAUUGCUACUGAUACAGAGGGUAUGCCAUCAGUUACAGGAUCUAACAAAAAAUAGAACUCUAAGGUAUUGAUGCUUCCACCGAUAAUUCAAAAGAAAAGAAUAGAAAGGAUUAAUGAGGAAUUAGAUUAAUCGAUUGAGGAACCUAAGCCAUCGAAUAAAUUUUUCAAUUUGCCAAAAUAAGCGAUGGCUAAAACAUCUUACGACUCUUCGAAAAAAUAAUCUAUAAUGACAAUAGAUUUAUCUAAGAUUAAGACGUAAGAGUUAGAGCAGUUAUAUGAAAAGAAGUUGUAAGGAUAACUUGAUUUAAGAAAUUAAGAAGUGGAAUAAAGAAAUAAAUAAAAAACUAGAAAGCCUUCUAAAGAUUCACGAGAAUCUAGAGAGAAAAAUCACCCAAUCAAUAAUGAUUAAUAAGAAUUUGAACCAGAAUCUGAUUAUGACUAUGCUAAAGAAACACAAAAAUUUAGAUAGACUUUCCAAGGUCAAUCAUUUAAAGAUAUGAAGCCAACUCAAAUAAAUGAAAGAUCCCAGAGUAGAUCAUCCAAAAGAAGCACUUUACAGAUGCCAAGACAGUAUGAACUUGAUGAUUUGCAGUUAUUUAAUAAAAAUUCGCAAUAGUUGAUUAGUUAAAACACCCAAGAGAAUUUUUUUAAACCACUUGGUUAGACUCGACUACCAGCAGCUACUAUGUCUAAAACCUAGUAAGGCUUUAAUCAAGUACUGAAGUAAAAGAGAAUAAAUGACGCUUAGAGGAAUUUUAUAGGGUAUAUGGGAGAUGUAGUAGAUCACGGAGAAGUUGAGGAGAUUUCAUAGUUUACCAGUAAAUCCAAAAAGAAGAAGAAGAAAAAGAAGAAGGCUGUGAAAAAGUAAAACUUAGUCACAGAGGAAUUAGACGACGAUGACUGA